CUUUGUUUAAAAACUUUAUAAUGAUAAAAAAAAACUAAAAUAUAUGUUGCAAAAAGUUAAAAUAUUUUUUUAAUGAAUUGAUUUUCCUUUUUGUUCGAAAUGUAAUAUCAUGUCGCGGUAAAAUCGCGUUUAUUGAAUGAAUAUGUUCAGAAAUGUACUAUAUGUUGAACUGUAUGGCAAUGAGUCAAUCUAUUAUUGGAAAAAUUACACAACUCAAGUUUACGGAUGAACCCUUUCUUUUUCAUUCAUUAAUGUACUGCAUAACAGUAUGUUGCUUCUUGUAAUGUGUUGCAAAAAUGGUACGGUUUUGUUUUUUUUAAACUUUAUUAUUAAAAACUAUUGAUAUUAUUUGUAAUACACAUAUUAAGUAAAGAAAUCAAUGAAUAAUGAAAAGUGAUGAUAUCGACGAAAAUAUUCUUUCGUUAUAUAAUGCUCAAAAGUGGGAAGCGAUUGCUACUUUAUCUUUCGCAAAUGACGAUUUUAAGUCUAGUAGAUUAUCAUGGGUAUUGCCUGAUCUGAGUGAUUUGUAUUGGAUUAAUGAUGUCGUACGACAAUUUAAUUUAUUUGGAAUUGUAAGCAUUGGUUGUGGCAGUGGAUUAUUAGAGUGGUUAUUACAAAAAUGUUCAGGAUUGGAAAUUGUGGGUAUAGAAUUGGAUAGUUCUUGGUGGAACAGUAAAUAUUCUCCACCUCAAUUCUUAAAAAAUAUUAUCUUUGUUGAAAAUAAGUCAAUAAAUUUUCUAGUGCCAAAACGAUACGCGAUGUUAUUUUGUUACUUCAAUAACUGUGCGGCAUUCUGUAAUUACAUAGAAAAUUACAAGGGUGAUUUAAUUUUUGUCAUUGGCCCUGCACAAGGAGCCAAUUGUACAACAGAUCCAUUGCCGUUCGAUGAAAAAUUUGAAAAAUAUAAUUGGAAAUUAGUGAAGCAGAAGAAAUUAAUGUGUUCCAAUAAUUAUAUUACUGCAUAUAGUAAUAAAUAAUCAGGAUUAUAUGUUUUAAAUAAUGAAUUUAAAAUAAAAUAAUAUAUAUGAAAAA